UAGUAAAAAGUCAAGAACGCUUCCAAUUGUUUCAUACUUAUCUUUUUCGAUAUCCCGAUUGCGAUUUACAGAGAAGCAAAAUCGCCGAUUGCGAUUUGCAAGAGAUAGAGAGAGAGAGAGGAGAAGCAGAAGACGGGCCGCCGUUCUUUACCUUUCCCCUCUCUCGCACACCUCUGAAGGAUCUUCAGUCUCAUACAUCACCAUGAACGAGAAAGCCAACGUCACCAAGGAGCUCAAUGCAAAACACAGAAAGAUAUUGGAAGGGCUUCUUAAGUUGCCAGAGAACAGGGAAUGUGCUGACUGCAAAACCAAAGGACCUAGGUGGGCUAGCGUGAAUCUAGGCAUUUUCAUAUGUAUGCAGUGUUCUGGGAUCCACAGAAGUCUUGGAGUACACAUUUCAAAAGUGAGAUCUGCAACUCUGGAUACAUGGCUUCCUGAACAAGUUGCAUUUAUUCAGUCAAUUGGCAAUGAGAAAUCAAAUAGCCAUUGGGAAGCAGAGCUGCCUCCAAACUACGACAGAGUAGGGAUUGAGAAUUUCAUUCGUGCCAAAUAUGAAGAGAAAAGAUGGGUCAGAAAAGAUGGAAAACCAAUUCCACCUCCUAGAGUGCAGGAAGAGAAGGCUUCUGUGCAAUGGCAAAAACCUGCUGAUAGGAGCAGGCAUGGUCGUGUGAGCAACUCUGAAAAUUUAACUGAGGGACAGAAAAACCAUCAGUCACCUAUUUCAAGCUCAUCUACUGGAAUUAGUAAGCCUUCAAAGGGGCCUGAACAAGUUACUCCUGCACACAAGCCUCAACAGAUCGCUUCAAAACCAGAUUCAACAUCAACUCAUGUUGUAGAUUCUAUUGCAUCUGCCUCUCCCCCAAAAGUUGACUACGCUACAGAUCUUUUUAAUAUGCUUUCGGUUCAUGAAACAACCGACAAUGGCUCAGACACAACCACAACUGAUGAUACUGCAUGGGCUGGUUUUCAGUCCGCAGCAGCAAUAGAAUCAAUGGCUGAAAAACCUGGCUUAACCAAACAAGAUGAUACGAAGACUCCGUCGUCCUCUUUAGGCAUUGAGAGUUUAUUAUUCGAAGACUCAACUACUAGCAAGCCACAAAAAGAUGUUAAAAAUGAUAUCAUGAGCCUCUUCGACAAGUCAAAUAUGGUAUCGCCUUUUGCUGCUCAGCAACAACAACUUGCUUUUUUGGCUCAGCAGCAGUCACUUCUCAUUGCUGCUGCAGCUGCUGCUGCUAAAUCUGGCGGAGCAAUCCCCAAAUUUCCUUUCAAUGGUCAACAACAAGCAAACACCUUCAACGGAACAACCUCACCUGGUCAAAGUUGGCCGAACAUGGGAUAUCAGUAUCCGGGAAUGAUUAUGCCUAUGAAUAUGGGAAACAUGGGAUCAGCUCAUUCCAUUGGAAGCAGCUCUGUUCCAUUUCCUACUACUACAAGUGAUGUUAUGAUGGGGCAGAAUACACCUUUUAAUGGUAUUUCCCCAGCCGGAGCCAAUAAUCGACAGCCAACAGCUCAGAUCCCAACUGCAACUCCUACAAAGACAGGAAAGGACUUUGAUUUCUCGUCCUUAACACAAGGGAUGUUUUCAAAACCUUGAUCGGGCGCAUCUUGCUAUCUUUUCCGACAAAAGAAACAAAUGUUAUUUACAUUUGCGAUCAUUUACUGUGUGUAGUUGUACUAUUUGUAGAGGAGGCAGGUUUUUCAGUUGGCUAUUUUAUUUUUCAGUUGGCUAUUUUAUUUUUCAGUGUUAUUGAUUGGUGAUUGAUUUAUGUGAAUUUAUUGAGAUUGGAGGAUAUGUGGAUGAAUAAAAGUAACAACAAUUGAACAAAUUUCCAUUGAGAA